AUGGCGCGAGGGCGCGCAGCGGGCGCGCGGGGAGGGGCAGCGACGCGCGGGGCAGGGAGGGGCGGCGCAGGAAGGGGAGCGGUAGACGCAGGCGGGGUAGCGAUGGGCGGGGUAGCUGCGGGCUGGGAAGCGGCGUUGGGGAUGGCGGCGGGAGGGGUCGCGGCGGGCGAGGUGGUAUCGCCGUCGGAAGUGCUACCUGUGGGAGGCGGCAUCUCCCCGUGGUGCAUGCACGUGCACACCGUGCUCGGCACGCGCCUGCUCGUGCCCGUCGCUCCCACCGCCGCCAUCGGCGACCUCCUCCGUGCGUGGCCCUCGCGCUCCCCGUCUCCCCCGUCCCCUCAUCCCCCCUGUCCCCCCCAUCUUCCUCGUCCCCCCUGUUCCCGCCGUCCUCCCUGUCCCCCACGUCCUCCUCGCAUGGUGGGGCAGCAGCACGAGCACAUACACCCGCACAUGGGGAGCAUUCGUUUCGAGUCCGCCAAGGUGCUGCGCCAGGCCGCCCUGUUUGAUGUCGCCCUGCAAUUCAAACUAGCCGACGUGUUGAAGCCUGAUGACGUCAUCCUUGCUUUUACUGGAGAUGCUGACGUUGCUGCUGAUGUCAACGAACAUUUGACACAUUACCUCGCAUUUGGCUCCUCCCUUCAAAGUCACAGCGAUCCCCCCUUCAGCCAUCUCGACCACCAUUCACCGUCUCCUCACCACCAACUGCCACGUGGCAGUCUCUCCAGCGCCCACGUGGCGUUCCAGCGUGGGCUGCUGGCCGCCAUCGCUGCUGCUGACGUGGCAGGGAGGGGCGUGGAGGCGGUCAGCGAAUCAGGAGAGAGGAGGAGAGUGAGGGGGGUGGUUACGGGGGGAGGAGGGGGGAAGAGAAUGCGGUUGGAUAAGGGGGUUGUGGAGGGGAGGGGAGGAGGAGGAAUUGUGCCUUUGCUGACAAGUGGAGAGGCGGAAGAGGGGCGAGUCAGGGGAGCAGGAGCGGGAGGAGGGGGAGAAACGGGAGAAACGAGAGCAGGAGAAAUGGUGAGGGGCGCGGAGGUGGGUGGUGGUGAGAAUGGGUGGAUGCUAGGCAGCUGCGAGGGCAAGGAGAAAGGAGGAGCUGCGAGGCCAGAAGCGGAAAGGGGUCAGGGGAGCACGCCAAGGGGAGGGGAGUCAGGGAGCGGGGAAAGGGGAGGGGGAGGGGGAGGGGGAGGCGGAGGGGGAGGGGGAGGGGAUGCGCAGGUGGGCGGACAGGUGGGCGCUGAAGAGCGUGGAGGGGAGGGGGAAGGGGCGGGGGGAGAGGUGGGGAAAGGGGGGAAUGAGCGCAAGCGGAGGAGGGAGAGCGUGGAAGAGCAGAGAAUGGGUGAUGGGAAAGGAGAGGAGGGAGGUCGGGAAAAGGCAGAUGGGAAGAGUGUAGAUGGCGGGAAAGCAGAUGGGGUGAGGGUGCGCGAGGGGAGUGUGGAUGUGGCACGGGCAGGGAAAAGACGAAGGCAGGUGGAGGGGAGGGAUGAGGGUAACGCGAAUGUGGGGGAGAAGGAAAGGGAUGGAGGGGAUGGAAAGGGAGAGGAUGGAAAGGGAGAGGAUGAAAAGGGAGGGGAUGAAAAGGGAGGGGAUGAGACGAAGGAGACUGAAGUGGUGGAGGAGAGGAAAGCGAAGGAGAAAGCAGAGGUGAAUGGGAAAGAGGAAGUGGAAGGGAAAGACGAAGUGGAAGGGAAAGAGGAGGUGAAAGGGAAAGAGGAGGUGAAAGGGAAAGAGGAGGUGAAAGGGAAAGAGGAGGUGAAAGGGAAAGAGGAGGUGAAAGGGAAAGAGGAGGUGAAAGGGAAAGAGGAGGUGAAAGGGAAAGAGGAGGUGAAAGGGAAAGAGGAGGUGAAAGGGAAAGAGGAGGUGAAAGGGAAAGAGGAGGUGAAAGGGAAAGAGGAGGUGAAAGGGAAAGAGGAGGUGAAAGGGAAAGAGGAGGUGAAAGGGAAAGAGGAGGUGAAAGGGAAACAAGGGACGAGAGGGAAAGCAGGUGGAAAGGGGAAAGCAGCAGAGGGAGGGCAUGAGGCGGUGAAUGAGAGAGCAGGAAGCGGGGAAAAGGAGGGCCUUGCACCACAGGGUGAUGGGGUGAAGGGUGGUGGUGGUGGGGGUAAGAAUGAGAAAGUGGUGAGUAUGGUGAGGGAUGAGAGUGGGGAGAGUGAGGAGGAAAGUGAUGAGGGGAGUGAGACGGAUGGUGAGGAGGAAGGAAAGAGGGAAGCGAAGGAUAUGGAGAUUGAGAAAGAGGAAUCAGAGGAUGAGGGUUUUGAGACGUCUCAAAAAUCUACUUUUAUCACGAAGGAUAUGGCGAUUGAGAAAGAGGAGAUUGAGAGAGAGGAAUCAGAGGAUGAGGGAGAUGAGGAGGACGAGGAGACAGAGGAGGAAGAGGAGGAAGAGGAGGAGAAAGAGGAGAAAGAGGGGGAAAAAGAGGAGAAGAAAGAGGAGGAGAAAGUGAAACUUUCAGAGGCGGAGGCGAAGGAGGAGGGGAAGAAGAAAGAUGGUGAUGAUGAUUCUGAGACAGAAGAGGAAUCAGAGGAAGAGACAGAGGAUGAGGCAGAGGAGGAGGCAGGAAAGGAAGGAAAGGUGAAAGAAAAGGAAGUGAAAGGGAAGGAUAAGGGAAAGACAGACAAAAAGGAGGAUGCUGAGGAGGAGGAUGGGGAGGGGAAAGUGAAAAGGUCGGAGCCAAAGGCAAAGGAUGAGGGGAGGACGGAAGAUGGUGUUGAUAAUUCGGAGACAGAAGGAGAAUCGGAGGAAGAGACAGAUGAGGAGGUAGAAGAGGAGGCGGGAAAGGAAGGAAAGGCGAAAGAAAAGGAAGUGGUAGGGAAAGGUAGAGGAAAGACAGACAAAGCAGAGGAGGAAGAGAAGGGAGGGGAAGAGGAGGAAGAAGAGGAAGGAGAGGAGGAAGAUGAGGAGGGGAAAGUGAAAGCUACAGGGGCAAAGUCGAAGGAGGAGGAGAAGAUGGAAACUGGCGGUGAUGAUUCCGAGACAGAAGAAGAAUCAGAGGAAGAGACAGAAGAAGAAUCAGAGGAAGAGGAGGAGGAUGAGGAUGGGAAAGUGAAAGUUCCAGAGGCAGAGGGGAAGGAGGAUGGGAAGACGGAAACUGAUGGUGAUGAUUCUGAAACAGAAGGAGAGUCAGAGGAAGAAACAGAUGAGGAGGUAGAAGAGGAGGCAGGAAAGAAAGGAAAGUUGAAAGAAAAGGAAGUGGUAGGGAAGGAUAGAGGAAAGACAGACAAAGAGGAGGAGGACGAGGAGGAGGAAGAGGAAGAGGAGGAAGAGGAGGAAGAGGAGUCAGAUGAUGAGGUGGCAGUGUUGGAGAGCGGUGCAGAGGGAAUCAAGGAGCGAACUGACAAGGCUCAGACGAGAGCGUCUUCUGCUGCUGCUGCUGCAAGCAAAGCAUUGGCAACGAAAGGAGCCGCAAGCAAGGCGGACGGGAAAGGAGCAGACAGCAAAGCAGCAGCGGCAGGCAAAGCGGUAGAAGACAAGGAACUAGCAGUGAAGGCUGUGGGAGGCAAACAAGACGGAGCAAGCAAAGGAGCUGUCAGAUCUGCUGCAGCAGGAUCAGGAGGAAAAGCUGUUGAUGCAAAGAGAGUGGGUGUUGCAAUGAUCAGUGGGGAAGAGGAUGAGAAGAGUGAGGAGGAGAGUGAGGGGAGCGAGACAGAGAGUGAGGGAAAAGUGGAUGAGGAGAAAGAGGGGAGCGAGACAGAGAGUGAGGGAGAAGCGGAUGAGGAGAAAGAGGAGGAGAGUGAGGAAGAAAGUGAGGAUGAGAGUGAGGAGGAGAGUGAGGAGGAGGAAGAGGAGAAGAAUGACAAGAGCAAGAAGCAGGCCAGCACAAGAAAGGGAGCGGACACGGGCAAAGGAACAGUGUCAGGGUAUGGCAAGGGAAAAGGGGCUGCAGGGAAGGGGAAGGCAGAGGGUUCAAGGAAGGCGGAGAGUGUGAGUGGAGCGAAGGAGGCAAGCAGAGGGAAGAAAUGCCACGAGGGGGCAGCAGCAGCAGCAGCAGCAGCAGUAGCAGGCACAACAGCAGCAGGCACAACAGCAGCAGCAGCACAGACGGAUGUGGGUGGCAUGGGGGGGAGGAAGACGGGAGGGAAGCGAGGGGGUGGAGGCAAGAAGGCUGAGGCACGAGCACAAGCUGCUGCUGUGGAUGGAGUGGGAGGAAACGCAUCGGCAGAGGGGAGGGCAGGAGCAGGCGGGAAGGCAGCAGGUGGAAGGGGAAAGACGGCAGGCAAGGGGAAGGCAGCAGGUGCCGCUGCUGCUGGCAAGGCAAAAGGAGGAGCAGCAGCAGUAAAGGCGGGUGCGUCACGUGCAGCAGAGCCAGCAGGGGCAGGAUGGGCAGAAGGGCCAAUAGAUACAGCGAACCCGACGGGUCCAAGAGUGCCUCUUCGAAUGAGCGCACCACCAAGCGGCACCUUUCGUUACCCCCGAGCCACUUCCCCUAUUGCCUCCACUGCCCCUCUUGCCUCUGCUGCCCCCUUGCCUCCACCCUCCCCCACGGCUGAGCCGCCCAGCCCUAUGCCGGUCCUUGACCUGGGAGACAUUCUUAAGAUGAUAAAGGCAGCCAACAUGCCAGCUAAGGAGGUGCCACACCAGGGCUAUCCAAACAAGGUGCAGUCAGCAUCAGUCUACCAGGGCAACGACCUGAUCGACGCGCUACCAGCGGCGCUCUGGCACCGCAUUUUCCACCUGCUGCUGGAGCGCCCCUGCACCGCCACCCCUCCGCACUCCGCGCGCGGCCGCUACUACUGCCGCGCGCGCAGCACGGCGCAGCGAGCAGAACCCAACUCCAGAGGCACUGGCGGUGGCGGCGGUGCUGGUAGUUCUACUGGCCGCAAUGUCUCACGAGGCGCUGAGAAUGGUUCGGCUAGAGUGGCACCGGUGCCCGUGUUCGUGAACGCCGGGGUGUCGCCGUGCUGGCUGCAUGCGCGCAACGCUCGCACCAAGAGGCUGUUCCACCUCGUCGCCGCCUUCUCCGUGCGUAGAGUGCUCCACUCGUUCUCUGUCCCUCCACGCCCUGUUCUCGCGACAGCUGCCCCUCCACACACUCGCAUUUUCCAUGUUGGUUCUUUUCCAGGGGCACUUGUCGUGUCUCGCUCCUUCACACUUCAUUGCAUUCUGAAUCCUAGCACGCCCAUCAGUCUGCACCUCACAGCCGCCCAGCCCCAGUGGACCACCAGCAUGCGCUGGCUGCUCUCCCGCUCCUCUCCCACCUUUCCUUUCCUCCGCCUCUCCUUCUCCCACCCCUCCCUCAUCCCCCUCAUUCGCCGCCCCUUCACUCUCCCCUCCUCUCCGGUCUCCUCCUCCCUCUCAUCCAUGCAACUAAGCUUGAGCAUCAGAGAGAAAUUCACAGAGGAGGAUUACCGCCAGGGGGAUUGGAAUCCAGCCUUUCUCAAGACCUGCUCCUCUCUGCGUUCCCUGACACUCGGACGUGGCGUUUGGCGCUUAGGUAGAAGCUGCCUCACCGCACCCUGGAUGCAGUCACUUCGGAGUUUGACUCUCAAGAAUGUGGACCCCAGGGGAAUAUCUCUUAAAGCCCUGGCUGCCGUUUCCCCUCAGCUGCACGAGUUUUCGUUCUGCGAGCCGUGGAAGCUGGAGGAGGAGGGAGGGGAGGACUGCAAGGGAGCGGUGCUGCUAGCGCUCGAGUUCCCCAGGGCUCGCCGCCUCUCCUUCCGCUUCCUCAGUCACGAGCUCAAGCUGAAACUCGCCCUUUCUCAUGACUCCCUCACCUCCUUCUCCGCCUGUGCCCAGUCCCUCACUCUCGCCUGCAGCUCUGCCCGCCCUCUCACGUUGACCCAGCUUUUGCUGUUUGGGGAAGAGUGGAUUCAUAUCGCCUCCUUCAAUGUUGCCUCUGUCCGUGCGCUUUACCUCAAUGGUCCGAUUAACCUGCUGCCGCCACGCCCCCACCGCAUCCCAGCUGACGUUCGGAAAGCCAUGGAGAUCUGUGGAGACUCGUUUGUGUAUCUUCCGCCACCGCAGCCGUUUGCAUGGGCGGACUGGCUGAGGACACUCGCGCCAGCAGUGGAGCUGCUUAUAUCGAGGCACGACAUCGACCUUGGCGCCUGCAGGUUCUCCUGGCCGCGGCUGCGGAGCCUCGGGAUUGUCGUGGCGAGCGACUACGAUGUGAUGAACCCGGUGCGAGGGGAGAUGGCGGUGGAAGAUGUGGAGAGAGCAGAUGGGAAUGUGAUCAUCGAAUGGACGAGAGCACAGAGGAGGAAGGAGAAGGCGGAGUGGAGGGAGACGGAGCACAGGAUGAGGAAUCAAGGGCUCACUCGGUUUCAUGCAGGCCCGUUUGGCAACCAGCUUGGGGUUGACGAUGAUGAUGAUGAUGAUGACGAUGUUUAUGGUCCACUGGAGCGAGAGACGCCUUCACGCAGAUCUGCUCCCACUCGACUGUACAUCCCUCCGAAAAUCCAUGCUCCAAAUCUGCGGGCCAUCUUCUUUCCAACCCGCCGCAACACACCCCGAGCCUUGCUAGCAGACCUGAGGGCGAGACAUCCCUCUCUGGCGCUGUACUGUGUUGCAAGGCACACGUGGUACUGGGAGAGGAAAGGGAUGAGGGUAGAGGGUGGGCCGGUGACGCAUGUGAGGGGGCUGAGAGGAGGGAAGAGCAGUGCGUCGUUUAGGAAUGGGAGGAAGAGCGUGCGGGACAAGAUGCACAGUGUGAAUCGCGGGCUGAUGGAGGGGUACACGCUGGAUGAGGAGGAGUGGUUCAUGGUGGAAAGACGGAAAUGGAAGCCGGUGGUUGGUGCGGAGUAUGAGCGGGAGAGGGAUUGUGGUCGGGAUAGCGAUGGUGACGAGUUUGAUGAUGAGGAGGAGGAAGAGGAAGAGGUGGAGGAGGAGGAUGAGGAGGAUGAGGAGGAUGAGGAUGAUGAGGAUGAUGAGGAUGAUGAGGAUGAUGAGGAUGAUGAGGAUGAUGAGGAAGAUGAGGAGGAUGAAGAUGAUGAGGAUGAUGAAGAUGAUGAGGAUGAUGAGGAUGAGUAG